AUGUCAGCAUCUGAAAUUACCGAAAGAGGGAAGAAGAGGCGCGCUGGAAGAGCCUGUAUUCUCUGUCGUGCUCGGAAAGUGCGCUGCGAUGCGGUGCUAACUGGCAUUCCUUGCACCAAUUGCCGCCUGGACUCGUUGGCGUGUACUGUUACCAAGAGCAAACGCCACAGGGUAUCCAAGGCGAGCAAGUCUGGAGUUCAUACCUCAGAACAGGAUCAGUUGAUCGUGGAUGCAACCUCGCAUCAAGAGGGCCCUUAUGAUCCGGAGCACAGCGCACAAGAGACGGUCGUUGCCACCUAUCCAGGCAAGGCACAGGGUUGCGGUCAUGGAAUCACCACACAGUCGCCUGCAGCGCAAGCUCCUCCCACAAGCUCGAGUUCCUUGGAAGCUGCCAUCACUCCAGCCUUGCCGGCCUUCAUCAAACCCCUCCCCGAUACACUAGACUCAGCGGACCUGCAAUAUCUGCACGCGAAGGGUGCUUUGUCACUGCCGAGUACGCAGUUCCUCGACGUGUGCAUCGCGCGAUAUCUGGAGUUCACGCAUCCGCUCCUUCCUCUAUUGGAGAAACGCCAGCUUCUGUCGAUUCUUGCCCGCGAAGAAGGCAAUGUCGACCAGAUCAGCCUCUUGCUGUUCCAGGCGGUCAUGUGUUCGGGAGUGACAUUCGUGGAGGAUCAGUGGAUAGCCCGAGAAGGCUUCGAUUCCAGACAAGCUGCACGCCGUGCGUUUUUUGGUCGGGCGAAGGUCCUCUUCUACUCUAAUAUAGACCUGGACAGGCUCGUAGCAUGUCAGGCAGCCGUCCUCCUGAGCACAUGGUACCCCGGAACAAACGAAAAAGCAGACCCAUGGUUCUGGACUGGCACCGGAGUGUCCUUGGCCUACUCGAUGCAGCUGCACCUCGAGCCCGACGAGUCUCAGUUUGAUCUGUCGGAGCAACAUCUUCGCCGUCGGGUGUGGUGGUGUGCAUUUGCACGGGAUCAGAAAGUUGCGCUGGCCUUGGGGCGCCCGCACAGGUCCACCUACUACAACGUGGGAAUGCUCACAGCCGACGAUCUGGCCGAAAAAUUUCAGGCUUCGCCCAAUCUCUAUCCACCAGAGACGAGGAGAUUCCUCAGCCUGACAGACAACCAGCGAACACGCGACACAUUGGUGAGGUUAUGUGUCGAACACAAAAAGUUAUGCGUGUGUAUUGCUUCAUUCGUCUCUACAAUCUUCAAGUGCCGUCAAGAGAUGAGAAACCGAGGUCAAGGGAGCCAGCAACAACGCCAGCUAUCAUCACCUUCUGCCCGCCUCAAUCGCUGCACACAAGACUUUGCCCGAUGGUAUCGAGAAAUGCCUGCCGACCUGCGCUACAAGGCGCAUGCUGCAACGACAAAUCGAGAGCCCUUGGACCAGCCUCGUAGCCUGGCAGUACAUAUAUCAACCGUGCAAGUUCUCUAUCAUGUGGCGGUCAGCGCAUUGUAUCGACUCAAAGCACUGUCGCCCAGUUCCACCUGGCGAGAUAGCCAGGAAGAACUGGAUGGCACCUCACAGCGUCUUCUGCGUCACACCGCUUGGGAGCUUACACGAAUCAAUCAAGAUCUAUACCAGGCCGGCCUGAUGCCAUACCUCUCAACAGGAGCGGUAGGAAGUGUCGUCUCCGCGGUCGUGAUACACCUCUUGGACGUCAAGGCGCCAAACGAGACGGUACGGCGAGCGGCAGUGCACGGGAUACAACUGUGCAAACAGUUUCUGUGGGUACUGAAAGACGCUUAUGGCACUGCGGUCGAUGCGUUGAAAUACUUGAGAGAAGCUGAGAAGCAGGAUGCUGGUAUGGUUAUCAACGAGGUCGCCAUGGACGAUGGUUCAACUCGGCCUUCCCCUCCGAAUGAUUGGCAGCCCAACGGCAUGUGGCUUUCUACCAUGCUGCACAAUUCCCCUUCCGCACCGUCCGGGACGCCGACAGCCCCUGCGCUGGAAACUUCUCCCUUCAAAGAGGAUGACGAGAUAUUCUGGCAAUCGUGGAUGGAGAGUCUAUCAAACUAUGAUUUUCUUGAAAGUUCAAACCCGCCACUGUAUGAUCUUGGUUUUUCAUCGAACGACGGUGGUGCUUUCGACAUUGGAAAUGGUUUUCCAGGGCCUUGA